UCCAAGGCCAGCGGCUGUCCCUUCAGACUUGUGGGCAAGCUUUCUGGACCGACAGGAGAUUGGGAGUUAUCAACAAUGGUUGACGAACACAAUCAUGAUCCGUCAGACCGCCCUUCCGCACACCCUCAGCACAGAAAGCUCACCACUGGGCAAAUCCAACAGGUGGAAAGGAUGACCAAUGCUGGUGCGCCACCCAGAACUAUUGUUAUGACUUUGCGAGAUGACCCAGACGGCAACCCCGACUUCCUACACCGCGAGGUAUACAAUGCCAAGCGAGACAUCAAAACGGCAAAACUUGCGGGACGCACACCAAUU